AGCGCUUCAUAUUCACAAAAAAAAAAGGAAACGAACCGUUUAUCAAGUGCGUGUAAAUAACCGCGUGAGUAACGGUGACUCGUCGUCUUUCACAUCACGGUCAACACAUCCGGUCGCGCUCUCACAGGUAAAGCGUUGCACAGGUCCGCGCGUGACUCAGCCAAUCAGCGCGGGACUGUCUGUUCUCAAUUCACAAGUUUCAAAACAUUUGCGCGUGGAGCUGUGGGCUGAGUCCACUGACAUCACCGGCGGAGAUAAAACAGCCCUCCAGCUCACCGGGGGGGUGAAAGCAGGCUCCAGCCUCCGACACGAACUCCCAGAGCUCCGCCGAGCGCGUGAGGACACGAGCAGAACUCAUGGACAUACAGUCCCCCAAGACCAUGAAGAGACCGGGGACAUUACGCUGCAGCAUAAAGCUGUUCGUCCUGUGCCACGGCCUCCUGCAGUUCUCUCAGCUGCUGUACAGCUCUUACUUCAAGAGCACCAUCACCACAAUUGAGAGACGCUAUGGCCUCAGCAGCUACUCCUCAGGAACCAUUUCCUCUCUCAAUGAGGUCAGUAACAGUGUGCUGAUCGUGUUCGUGAGCUACUUUGGAAAUCGGGUUCACCGUCCUCGCGUUAUUGGAGUUGGUGGAUUACUGAUGGCUGCCAGUGCCAUGAUCCUGACCUUACCUCACUUCGUAUCCCAGCCCUACGAAUACGACUCUGUUUUACACAAUCGCCACGACAUUUGCAACUUGCAGCAGAACUCAAGCGACUCUGAGUCUUGUGGCCGUGACGAGACCAGGCGUCUGACUGACACCAGCAACCUGUGGCUGCUCAUGGCCAGCGCUCAGCUGCUCUUUGGUGUGGGCUCGGUGCCCAUCCAGCCCUUUGGGAUUUCCUACAUUGAUGAUUUUGCAGGACCUGGCAACUCCCCUCUUUACAUAGCCAUCCUGUUUGCAGUAUCUGUGUUUGGCCCUGCCGUCGGCUACCUGCUGGGCUCGGUGAUGCUGCGGAUCUAUGUGGAUGUGGACAGACUGGGUUUAGGAGCGGAACAGGAGCUGAGACACGGUGAUCCUCGCUGGGUUGGGGCCUGGUGGAUGGGCCUGCUCAUCACUGCCGGCUGCCUGAUUCUUACCUCCAUCCCCUACUUUUUCUUCCCUCGCGGAAUGCUUUCAGAAGACAAUGUGACUGGAAGUGAAAGUGACAUGAAUGGUGACUUCAAGAAGCCAGAUACCUCUUUACUUGAUUUCCUGAAAAUGUUCCCCAGAAUGUUUGUUCACCUCCUGUUGAGCCCUCUCUUCCUGAUCCUGGUCCUGGCCCAGUGCUGCUUCUCUUCAGUGAUUGCGGGUCUCUCUACGUUCCUGAACAAGUUUCUGGAGCGGCAGUACAGCACUUCGGCUGCAUACAGCAGCCUGCUAGUAGGUGCCAUGAAUCUGCCAGCAGUAGCGGUGGGGAUGCUGGUUGGUGGGAUCAUCAUGAAGAGGGCAGGUCUCUCUCUGAAGACCAUCCCACGUUUCUCUGUGGUCAUGCUGACCAUAUCCACUCUCUUCUGUGUCCCUCUCUUCUUCAUGGGCUGUCCCACCCAGGAAGUCUCAGAGGUCUACCCUUAUCAAAACAAACAGUAUGGGUCACGGUCCUUGUGUUACUCCAACUGCUCCUGUCCUGCCAGCGCUUUCAACCCUGUGUGUGGUUCUGAUGGAAUUGAGUACAUUUCACCGUGUCAUGCAGGAUGCACCAACUUCACUAAAAACCCCAACAACACCCACAGGGUUCAGCUUUAUACCAACUGCAGGUGUGUAUCUGGGAGCGAGAGUCACGCGCGCCCAGCUCCCUGUCCAAACAGCUGCCCUCAUUUACUUCUCCCCGCCAUGGUCGUCAUCUCUCUGGCAUCACUGAUCGCCUGCCUCACUCAUAACCCCAUGUACAUGAUGGUGCUCAGAUCUGUUCCCUCUGAAGAGAAGUCAUUUGCUAUAGGAAUCCAGUUUUUACUCAUGAGAGUGUUAGCCUGGCUUCCUGCCCCUGCUUUCUACGGGAUGGCCAUUGAUACGUCGUGUAUCUGGUGGAAGCGUGUGUGUGGAAAGAAGUUUAGCUGUGGUUACUAUAACAACGACAUCUUAAGGAACCGAUACCUGGGCUUGCAGGUGGGUUAUAAGGUCAUGGGCAUCGCCCUGCUGAUAGUGCUGGGGUGGAAGGUGCAUCGGACCCAGGAAUACAGUCUGGAGAAGAGGCAAGAACCACUGCUGUGACCCCGCUGCACGUCCGUGUUCAUCAACGCCUCUCUUGUCUCUUAAAGCUUUGCUGUGGUGUUAAGCAUUUUGAAGAACAGAGUGCUGAGAAAAGCUGUGUCAGUGGGAGAAAGACACAAGACAAGACAGGCCUACACUGACCUCAGUUUCUGUAGGCCCACGUCCCUAUGUGGUGCUUCACUUGUUGGAGUUAAAAUAUACAUUUUCCAAACGGGAAAAUUUUUUGAUAUUUAUGGAUGCUUUAAAGCUUCUGAUUGGAAUUACUUUGCCAAUAUGACCCACUCAUUACACGUUAAGAGAGGACAGCUAAAACACCUCUCUUGUGUGGUACCUCACAACAUUUUACAUGGAUCUGAGACAGGGACGAGAGUCUGACCAAUGAUAGAACAACUGAUGAUUAUCUUUGUAAAUUACUUGUUCCUAAGAGAUAGGAAUCUAUUUAGGUUUCUCUUUGUAAUGGGAACAUCCUUUGUAACUAGUUAACUGUAUAGCUUAAUAUUUAAGUUUAUUUUUUUAUAGAUGUUUGUCUCAUAAACAGAGACAUCUGUGAUAACUGCAAUACUCCUUUCAUAUAUAACACUUAUAACACUUGAUUUAAAUGCAAUGCUAAUGAAACUUUGGAUAUCAAGCACAUUCACUGUUACUCGUAAAUUGAAUUAUCCAUACACAUUAUGCUACCUACUUUUGGUAUGUGGUUAUUAUGCAGUGGAUAGAUGUGUAAUCAUUACUGGCUAAUAAAAAUAUUCAGUACAAUUAA